AUGACGACGCUCCCUCCUGACGACGAAAUGGGGUACACCCAUUGGCUAUAUAGCCAAGCAGACUCACAUAUUCACCCCCAGUCUCCCAGUCAAGAUCUGGGCGGCCUUAAUAACCAGGGCGUCUUCAGAGACCCGGUUACAUACGAUUCAUCCGCUAAUCUCACGGACCCUCCGGGCCGUAUAGAAAAUUUGUCUCCUGAUCCAUCGUCUUCCGUGGGGAGCUUGGCCAGGGAUGACCGCCCACAAACCAGCUACGUCCUCGACUGUCUGUCUCAAAAGUUUCGCGCAUCUGGACGCUUUCCUCGGGCCGAGCAGGACGCUAUCGCCGAGUUCAUUUCGAAUUUCGACGACCUCUACUUCUAUCGAUUCGAUAGGAGAAUUGAAGAGAAGAAGGUCAACGGCCUGCUCCACAGAUUCACGGAGGAUUUCGAGAUCAGGAAUCCGCUCACGCAGCCGUUUACGAAGGACGAGGUUGACGAACUAAUGGUCGCCUUUACCCGAUUGGAAAGAGGAGGCAAAUCGUUGUGGAACCUUUACGCACCCUUUGUGUGGAAGCUGUCUACGCGUCGGCUGAAUCUACUCUACCAGUUCAUUUGGAAGAUUACUGGUUUGGACCCAUGCAAUCGCAACUUUGUUCUGGUACAGAGCGGCAAGAGUUGGGGAAGACGCCUUGUCAGUCUUCGAUUCCUCGAGGAUUAUUGGGUAGCCUACAAGGCAUUCCCACUGUGCGAUGUUAAUGAUGUCCAGUCGGAUCGCGUAAAUGCGAAACCUGGUAGGUCACCGAUGAGCAGGCAGUUUGCGGGUCUAAAUGUCAACCUCACUCCUGAUCUUCAAACGGGACACAACCUCAGGUCAGACAGUCGGCCAAACACACACAUUCAUUCGCAGAAUAACAGCGAAGAUUUGAGAGGUCUUGCUAACCAAGGUGUUCUCAGAGGUGGUGUUACAUAUGAUACCCCCGCCAAUCUCCUCGACUCUCCUGGAGGCAUAGAUAGCUCAUCCCCAGAUCCGUCCUCCUCCGUAGGCAGCUUCGCCAGGGACGACAGCCCACCGGUCAAGGACGUUAUCGACAAUGUCAUAGCAAAGUUCCGUGAAUCUGGAUACCUUUCUCCUGCCGAGGAAAAGACUAUCGCCAACUUCAUUCGGCUGUUUUACACGCUCUACUUCUAUCCGUUUGGCCAUAGAACCGAAGAGAGGAAUGUCAACGGCUUCCUUGAGAAACUUACAACACAAUUUGGACCCGGUAAUCCACUGGCAAGUCCGUUCAGUGACCACGAUAUCGACGAGCUCAAGACCGCCUUUACUCGGUUGGAGAAAGGAGGAAAGUUGUCGUGGGACCUUCGGGCGUCAUUCAUCCUGAAGUUAUCUCCACAUCAGCUGGGCCUACUUCACCUCCUCAUUUGGAAACUUACGCGGUUGGACCCGUGCAACCGCAAUUUCGUCCUGGUUCAGAGCGGCAAGAGUUGGAUGAGGCGGCUUGUCAGCCUCGUAUUUAUCGAAAAAUAUUGGAUAGCCAAUGGCGUAUUCCCACUGAGUGCUAUCAACAACGUCCAGUCUGAUCGCGUAAAUGCAAAACCUGAUGGAAAACAAGAGCACCUUCGAUACGAGGCAGAGAGCGGCGGCACAUGUGAAUUCUUUGCAUGUCCGGGAAAGAUUCAGAUGUGGUCGAUGCUCGCGAAGCUUUUCGCGGAUGGAUGA